GUCGUAAAAAAUUACAAUAGGAUGGCCGCUCUCAGGUUUCUCUCUGGUAUUACAUAUAUGGGCGUCAAGUUAUUUAUAAGCAAAGUAGAAGAAGAAAGCACCAAACUAAAUCAAUAGUAUAUUUAUAUUAAAUACUCUGAUAGUACAUCAAUUAAUUAUAUCAAACGACAAAAAUGGAAAUAAUAACUGGAAAAAGACAAGAUAGUUAUUUGUAUAUAUAUGAAGGAUACACAUAUCAUAUUGAUAAAAGAUAUACUCAUAUAUAUCGCUGUGCAAAAAGACGCAUUAUUUCAUGUNAUGGUGUGCUAAUUAAAAACAAAGACAAAUUUAUUUUAAAAAAGGUUCAUAACCAUUUAAGCGAACCACAUGUUGUUGAUAUUUUUAAUUUAAAGAAAGAAAUGAUAAAAAUGUGUAAGGAAACAGCAGCGACAAACAAAGAAAUAUACACUACUGUUUCUCGAAAGAAUCCUAAUGUAGCAGCAAAUAUUUCAUUUACUGCUGUAAAAUCUUUGUUACUAAGAGAGAAAAAAAAAAUACGACCUCCAUUGCCUGAAGCCAUGUGCGAUCUUGACAAUUUUUUUCAGCAUUAUGAACCAACAAUAUCUUUUUAUAAAGGUUGUGUAAUAUCUGAAGAUAACAACUAUUCUUACAUCUUUACUAAUAAUAAACUUUUAGAGAUAUUAGGAAGAAGCUCUGAAAUUUUUGUAGAUGUUACAUUUUCUAUUGUACCCAAAACACCGAAGUUCACACAGCUGGUUUCAUUGCAUGUGCGAUAUAUGGACAAGGGUAUUGCAGUGCUAUUUAUUCUUUGUGAAGCCAAAACACAAUUUGUUUACAAAUCAAUUUGGAAAGAAAUUGUCAAAAUAGUUCCUGACUUACAAUCCAAUCUGUCUUUUAUAAUAACAGACUUUGAGAAGGCAUUAACAAAUACUAUUCAUGAACAAUUUCCAAAUGCAACUCUGAANGGUUGUUGGUUUCACUACUGCCAAGCACUUGUGAGAAAAUGGAAAUCGUUAGAACUUCUUGCAGCACCGCAUAAAAUAAUAUCCAUGGCCAUGACGUUGGCAUUAGCACCGCCAGAAAUGUUUGCCGAAGGUUUAAAUCUCAUGCAAAAAAUCGCGGAUGAGGAAUCUAAUAAUUAUCCUAACAUAUUGUUUUUUAUGAAUUAUAUGAGAAACACGUGGCUUCCACUGUCGAAAAAAGUUAGCGUAUAUGGAUGCCCAAUAAGAACCAAUAAUCUUGUAGAAUCAUUUCACAGCACUAUGUCACAAAUGAUGCGAACACUUCAUCCAAAUCUUUGGGUAUUUUUAGACGAUAAUAAUGAAGUGGAAAUUUGUGCCGACUUAUGUGCAGAAGGUGCUAUUAAGAAAGACGAUAAUAAUGAAGUGGAAAUUUGUGCCGACUUAUGUGCAGAAGGUGCUAUUAAGAAAAACGAUAAUAAUGAAAUGAAAAUUUGUGCCGACUUAUGUGCAGAAGGUGCUAUUGAGAAAGACGAUAAUAAUAAAGUGGAAAUUUGUGCCGACUUAUGUGCAGAAGAUGUUAGUGAGAAAGAAAUGACAGCUGUUGGAUUACAUACCAAAGCAGCACUUAAUACAAGUACAAAUACAUAUACUCCAUUUUUGGCUAAACAUAUUACUCAACUUUAUAAACAAGAUAUCAANCAUGAUAAUCAUUUGGACAGCCUUCAAGAUAAAAAUGAUAAAAAAAAUUACAUUAAAGUACAUACAACAAAGACAUGCAUUACAGGUAAAAUAUUCGGAUUAUUCAAUUUUACAGAUAAUUUGUUUAUAAUGCUACCAUUACCACAGAAAUACCAACUACAUUAUUUCAACGCCGAAAGUAGUACUAAAAUGAUGGGCAGAAGAAAUAUAAACUUGUAA